GAACCCCGGCCCGGGACUGCGGCGCGUUGAGGUCUCUGUGCUAGAGCCCGGUGCCGGCGCGUGAGUACGAGAACCAACGACCCGACACACCACAUCUCUUGAUGUCCGCUGCGGACGAGCGCGCCGCCGCGUCGCUCCGCCGUCUCGUGCUUGACGUGCUCCUACCCGCCUACAACCUCUUCGACGCGGACGCGUCGGCGGCACUCUGCGAGUCGCUCGCGGCCGAGUCGCUCCGCGACGGCCUGCCGCCGCGGACUGCCUCCGGCGGAGCGCGCACGGAGCUCGCCGCCAGCGGCAUGGGCCGCAAGGCGCGCCAGAACCGGCGCGUGCUUCGCGCGCUCUUUUCGCACCUGCGCGUGCAGGCUCCGUGGCACAUCCGCGACGAGAGCGCCGAGCCGGCGGCAGAGCGUCCGGGCCUUCUCGAGACGAACUGGCUCGAGGCGGUCUACCUGCGGCUGCGCGCCAUCGUGCCGGAGGCGGUGUGGAGGCUCUACACCAGCUGCGACGGCGCAUCCGCCGAGGACAUGGCGCUGCUCUCGUCGCUGGGAAGGGGCGGCGCGCGGCGCUUCAGCCGCACCGGCAGCGAGGGCAGCUGCCCGUCGCGAUGAAGACGCUGUCCAAGCUCGUCAUCGUGCCGCUGUGCCACGUCGCGAGCUUCGCCGUGCCGUCCGAGAGCGCGCUGGCCGCGAUCGCGGAAUGCGGCCCAAUCGUGGAGAUGGGCGCGGGGUCGGGCUACUGGACGGCGCUGCUGCAGCACCGCGGCGUCGACGUCGUCGCCUACGACUCGCAGCCCCCGAGCGAGCGCUUCAACAACCCCUUCUUCUCGGAGGUGUACUGCAACGUCCU